GAGAUCUACAGUUGGGCCGAAGCGACGGAGGGUACGAGUGUCGUCUCCUCAUUCGCUGAGCUGUGUGUCUUUCGAUUUCUCUCUCCACCUCUCCCCUCUACCCCAAUGGCGUCUGCAGAUUUCUCUCUGGUAGCACCCUCCUCACUACUGAGAGUCUUUAUACCUGCUGACUGUUUCUCUGUUCCUUUUCUCUCCUCCUCCCCCACCAGAUUCUCAUCUCACAAUUCUUUUCCUUUUCCUACUCCCCAUUUCAUUUUCUUGCUUUUCUCCCCAUCUUCGUCCUCAUUCCAACUCUCCUUUUUUUUUACAACCUUCUUCUUCUCUCUACCGCUCGUGUCGGUGUUCCUCAACCUGUUAGGGUUUCUGCAUUGUGCAAACGAAUCUUGUGGCAUUCUCCAUUGCAUGGUCAGCGACCCCAAAAUGCCGCUCCUUUAGGACAACCCUUCCCAUGAUUUGGCCCAAGACUCCCGCUUUUGAGAAUCGCCCCCCUUUCUUCGCGAGUUGUCAGUAAUUGAGAAAGUUCUGACUGAGUUCUACAAGGAUUCGCGUGUUAUCCGCUUUAUUCGGUAGCUUCUGUCUCAAGGAUUCAGGAAGAGGAUUAAAAAAAAAAAGAGAUUUUUUCCCUCUCUGGCAACGAUCCAGUCGAACCCUCUAAAGCUGCUUUUACGCACACAAACCUAGCAAGAAAGAGUUCUUCUGGGAAUCUCUGUCGCUUUAUUCCGUGCCCGUUAGUCACAUUAACAAGCAUUUAGACAGUUGACGCGAAUCAAGGAUCAGAAUUUACUACCGCUAUUAUCUGUAAUUACUGUAGCGGAUCUACCCGUUUGAAAUUGAGCCUCGGUUUAUAAUAUUUUCGGUGUUACUCGGCUAUAGAUUCAGAAAGCAUCUAUGGGGCUUCUUCUUCGAAGUCUUGCGAUGCUUAUUCUUCUGAUGUGCUGUUCAUGGUUACCGGAUGUUGUUGCUCAAUCCACCGCCAAACACUCCCUAGAUUCUCUUCUUCAAGAUUAUUCUUUCAGGGGGUUUGGUAAGCGUCCGAAGACGGGCACUCCGUAUGAUGGGCCAGUUCCCUCUGAUAUGACUGGGAUUGAGGUGGCGGCUCUAAGGCUUAGAAGCGGGAGUCUAAGAAGGAAAGGCUUUACAAAUUACAAGGAGUUUACGAUUCCCAAAGGAGUCAUUGUGAGGCCUUAUGUGGAGAGGCUUGUUCUGGUGUAUCACAACUUAGGAAACUGGUCAGAAUUCUAUUAUCCAUUGGAUGGUUAUUCUUAUCUGGCUCCAGUGAUAGGGCUUGUUGCUUAUGACGCUGGAAACUUAUCGGCUACGGGCUUGCCUGAAUUGGAUAUCAGGGCAUCUGGAGACCCCAUAUCCAUUUUAUUUUCAGAGGUGAGACCUGCACCAGAUGGGUUUGCGGCUAAGUGUGUGUGGCUUGGUGAGGAGGGUCAGAUCAACUUCAGCAGCGUUUCAUCAGGGAAGGGGUGCUCCACAACAAAGCAGGGCCAUUUCUCCAUAGUGGUGGAGUCAAUAUCUCCUGCUCCUCCUCCUAAACCCAUUGCACCCCCUGGUCAUAGGAAAAAGAAGGAAACUAAUUCCAAGGUGUGGAUAGUGGUGGGAUCGGUGGUGGUGGGAUUAGCUGUGAUGGGGAUAUUGUCACUGCUGGCUCUGUGUGCGCAGAAGUGCAAGCAGAGGAAGGAAAUGGAGAGAAUAGAGAUGGCUGCUGAGGCAGGAGAGGCUCUGAACAUGGUUUCGGUUGGGGAGACGAGAGCACCAGCAGCCACUGCGACUCGAACUCAACCCGUGCUGGAGAACGAGUACAUGGUGUAACUUGCAGUGGACAAGAUUUGAUUGCCACGUAGGGAUAGGGAUUUGUGUUCUUGGUUUGGCUUCCCUUGUUGUGUACAUGUUGUUUUUGGGGAUCCAUAGUAUUCCUGAUUCAUUGUGGUGUGGACAUAUGAGGGCAAAGAAAUAAUAUGAUCCUCUC